UCAGUUUACCAGCAUACCACGCUGUGUUUCUCUGUCUCUGUCUCUUCCUUCUAUCUGUCUGUCUUUCUGUCUUUCUAGCUGUCUCUGGCUCUUUCUCUUUAUCUCCCUGUAUCUCUCAUACUCUGCCUCUCUCUCUCUUUCCUUCUGCCUCUUCUUUUUCUGUCUUUCCCAUCUCUUUCUUUCCUCUGACAAAACAGCAUGAACAUGGCUACAUGCAGUGUGGCCCCUCCCUGCCUUGGGCCAUGCAGAUGCCAUACCCUGUGCCCUACGUCCCCUGACCCCUCAGCAUACUGGUCCCCAGAAAGCCAGGCCUGGCCAGGGCUUUGGUCUGCAUCAAGUUUGGAAGUGAUAAGACCCAAGAGCUGCCUACCUCUGCCUGCUGACGACACUGUCAGCCCAGCCAGGGCUCUUCCUGAGCCCACAGAGCUUCCUUAUCAGAUGCUGACAGUCUCUCCCUUCCAGCCAUACUGGGCGUGCAGAACUCAGGGAUCCCCUCCAUCUGAUAUAGAUAUGUUGUGGCAAUAUAUACGUGGGUAUUAUUGGAAGUGGCAACAUUGUAUCUGUGUGUGAACAUGAGAGAUUGUAUAAGUCUAUGUUCUCCUAUAGAGGAGAGCUCUAUGUGGGUCGGUGUCACUGGAGAGGGCUGUGUAUAUCUGUUUGUGUGUGUGUGUGUGUGUGUCCCUACACGGGGGGCGGGGGGACAGUGCGGGGGCAUCUGCAUUUGUGUGUGCUAGCAGGAGUGGCUGCAGCUGUCUGUAUCUGUGAUAGGCAAUGGAGAGAAGUGCUUGAAAGCUCAGAUUCUGGAGCCAAACACCAGGAUACAUCAUGUCUGUGGCCUUCUUUUUUGAGACAGAGUUUCACUAUGUUGCCCAGGCUGGAGUACAGUGGCAUGAUCAUAGCUCACUGCAGCCUCUAUCUCCUGGUCUUAAGUGGUCCUCCUGCCUCAGCCUCUCGAGGCACGUGCCACCAUGCCAAGCUAAUUUUUGGAGUUUUUUUUUUUUUUUGAGACAGAGCUUCACUGUCACUCAGGCUGCAGUGCAGUGACAGGCGUAAGCCACCAUGCCUGGCCAAUUUUUGUAUUUUUUGUAGAGAUGGGAUUUGCCAUAUUGCCCAGGCUGGUCUCGAAUUCCUGGGCCCAAGCAAUCCUCUUGCCUUGGCCUCCCAAAGUUCUGAGAUUACAGAUAUGAGCCACUGUGACUGGCCAACCCUGGGCAGGUUUCCAAACCUCUCUGUGCCUCAGUUGCCUCAUCAAUAAUAAUAAUACUUAGGCCGGGUGCAGUGGCUCACGCCUGUAAUCCCAACACUUUGGGAGGCCAAGGCAGGUGGAUCACUUGAGGUCAGGAGUUCAAGACCAGCCUGGCCGACAUGGUGAAAACCCAUCUCUACUAAAAAUACAGAAAUUAGCCUGGCAUGGUGGUGGGCGCCUGUAAUCCCAGCUACUCAGGAGGCUGAAGCAGGAGAAUGGCGUGAACCCAGGAGGUGGAGGUUGCAAUGAGCCAAGAUCAUGACAUUGCACUCCAGCCUGGGUGACAAGAGUGAAAUUCCCUCUCAAAAUAAAUAAAUUAAUAAUAAUAAUACUACUUAAAUCAUAGGGUUGUGUGGAUAAAAUGAGAUAAUAUAGGUAAAGUGCUUAAUGCGGUGGCCAGCACAUAGUAAGUGCUAUAAAUUUUGUAUUUGCUAUUCUUGUAUAGAGGAUGUGUGUGUGUGUGUGUGCAUGCGUGUGCAUGCACGUCUAUGUGCAGACGGAUGAGGGCUGGAGGUGUGUGUAUAUGGGGUGUGUGUACACUAGAAGAUAUUUGUGCUAAGAAUCUGUGCAGAGGAGCCUGGAGCCUGUGCAUGAGGCAGCUGAGGUAAUGUGCCAUCUGAGAAGGGGUCUGAAGGGCUGUGUGGAUCUGGAUAUCAGCACGGUGCACCAUUUGAGGUGUGUAUGUGUGUCUUCCUGUGAGAAGGCUUUAUUCUCACCCUUGGUUUUUCUGUUUUCUUUUUAAAAUAGAGACAGGGUCUUACUCUGUCUCCCAGGCUGGAGUGCAGCGGUGCAAUCACAGCUCCUGCAGCCUCGAACUCCUAGGCUUAAGCAAUCCUCCCACCUCAGCCUCCCGAGUAGCUGGGACUACAGGUGGGUGCCAUCAGGACCGGCUAAUUAAAAAUUUUUUUUUUGUAGAGACGGGGUGUCCCUAUGUUGCUCAGGCUGGUCUCAAGCUCCUGGGCUCAAGCAAUCAUCCUGCCUCGGCCUACCAAAGUCCUGGGAUAGCAGGUGUGAGCCACUGUGCCCGGCCUCACCCUUGUUUUUGUAUCAGCCCCAUCUCUGUUUUCACCAGUCCCUGAAAUCCCUCCCGCUGGGCCCUGGAUAGCUUCCAGUCCUCCACCUCUGUUUUCUGCCCUGGCUCUAACUAGCCCUGUAGCAUCCUGGGGCCUUUUAGACACAGUGGUUUCAUCCCAGGGAGGGGUCCCGGGGCAAAGGUCUCAGGCAGGGCCCAGUGAACAGGGGCUAUUUUAGGGCAGGCUUCUCACCACAGCCCGCCCCACAGUUCACCACAUGGGUGUGAUGCCCCCACCCCCACCCAACACACACAUGAGAGCACACUUAUAGCAAAGGGUGAGAGGGGCAGAUGGGGCUAGGGUGGAGACCAAAGCACUGAUGUGACGGAACCAUCGGCCAGGCAACUGGACCUGGUGGAUCCAGGAAGACUUCCUGGAAGAGGUCUCUGACCCCUCCCAAGGAUCAUGCCGCAGCCCCACUGACCCAGGAGUAGGGGCCUAAGGGCAGGGAACCUGGAAUGGGCUGUGUGUUCUGCAAGAAAUUGGAGCCGGCGGCCACGGCCAAGGAGGAUGCUGGCCUGGAAGGGGACUUCAGAAGCUACAGGGCAGCAGACCACUAUGGGCCUGACCCCACUAAGGGCCAGCCUGCAUCCCCAUUUGUCCACAUCCCCACCUACAGCAACUUCUCCUCUCAGGCCAUCAACCCUGGCUUCCUUGAUAGUGGCACCAUCAGGGGUGUGUCAGGGAUUGGGGUGACCCUGUUCAUUGCCCUGUAUGACUAUGAGGCUCGAACUGAGGAUGACCUCACCUUCACCAAGGGCGAGAAGUUCCACAUCCUGAACAAUACUGAAAGUGACUGGUGGGAGGCUCGGUCUCUCAGCUCCGGACAAACUGGCUACAUUCCCGGCAACUAUGUGGCCCCUGUUGACUCCAUCCAGGCUGAAGAGUGGUACUUUGGAAAGAUUGGGAGAAAGGAUGCAGAGAGGCAGCUGCUCUCACCAGGCAACCCCCAGGGGGCCUUUCUCAUUCGGGAAAGCGAGACCACCAAAGGUGCCUACUCCCUGUCCAUCCGGGACUGGGAUCCGACCAGAGGCGAUCAUGUGAAGCAUUACAAGAUCCGCAAGCUGGACACGGGCGGCUACUACAUCACCACACGGGUUCAGUUCAGCUCGGUGCAGGAGCUGGUGCAGCACUACAUGGAGAUGAAUGACGGGCUGUGCAACCUGCUCAUCGCGCCCUGCACCAUCAUGAAGCCGCAGACGCUGGGCCUGGCCAAGGACGCCUGGGAGAUCAGCCGCAGCUCCAUCACGCUGGAGCGCCGGCUGGGCACCGGCUGCUUCGGGGAUGUGUGGCUGGGCACGUGGAACGGCAGCACUAAGGUGGCGGUGAAGACGCUGAAGCCGGGCACCAUGUCCCCGAAGGCCUUCCUGGAGGAGGCGCAGGUCAUGAAGCUGCUGCGGCACGACAAGCUGGUGCAGCUGUACGCCGUGGUGUCGGAGGAGCCCAUCUACAUCGUGACCGAGUUCAUGUGUCACGGCAGCUUGCUGGAUUUUCUCAAGAACCCGGAGGGCCAGGAUUUGAGGCUGCCCCAAUUGGUGGACAUGGCAGCCCAGGUAGCUGAGGGCAUGGCGUACAUGGAACGCAUGAACUACAUUCACCGCGACCUGAGGGCAGCCAACAUCCUGGUUGGGGAGCGGCUGGUGUGCAAGAUCGCAGACUUUGGCUUGGCGCGUCUCAUCGAAGAUGAUGAGUACAACCCCUGCCAAGGGUCCAAGUUCCCCAUCAGGUGGACAGCCCCAGAAGCUGCCCUCUUUGGCAGAUUCAGCAUCAAGUCAGACGUGUGGUCCUUUGGGAUCCUCCUCACUGAACUCAUCACCAAGGGCCGAAUCCCCUACCCAGGCAUGAAUAAACGGGAAGUGUUGGAACAGGUGGAGCACGGCUACCACAUGCCGUGCCCUCCAGGCUGCCCAGCAUCCCUGUACGAGGCCAUGGAACAGACCUGGCGUCUGGACCCGGAGGAGAGGCCCACCUUCGAGUACCUGCAGUCCUUCCUGGAGGACUACUUCACCUCCGCUGAACCACAGUACCAGCCCGGGGAUCAGACAUAGCCUGUCCGGGCAUCAACCACCUCUCUGGCGGUGGCCACCAGUCCUUGCCAAUCCCCAGAGCUGUUCUUCCAAAGCCCCCAGGCUGGCUUAGAACCCCAUAGAGUCCUAGCAUCUCCGAGGAGGUGGGCUGCUCUGACACCACCUAGGGCAACCUACUUGGUUUACAGAUGGGGCAAAAGGAGGCCCAGAGCUGAUCUCUCAUCCGCUCUGGCCCCAAGCACUAUUUCUUCCUUUUCCACUUAGGCCCCUACAUGCCUCUAGCCUUUCUCACUCCACCCCCACCCAAAGUGCUCAGACCUUGUCUAGUUAUUUAUAAAACUGUGUGUACCUCCCUCACUUCUCUCCUAUCACUGCUUUCCUACUCUCCUUUUAUCUCACUCCAGUCCAGGUUUCAAGAAUUUCCCUUCUACCCUCUAUUCUCUUGUGUCUGUAAGUUACAAAGUCAGGAAAAGUCUUGGCUGGACCCCUUUCCUGCUGGGUGGAUGCAGUGGUCCAGGACUGGGGUCUGGGCCCAGGUUUGAGAGAGAAGGUUGCAGAGCACUUCCCACCUCUCUGAAUAGUGUGUAUGUGUUGGUUUAUUGAUUCUGUAAAUAAGUAAAAUGACAAUAUGAAUCCUCAA